UCUUUCUUCUGUGAUCUUCACAAAAUAGGGUGCUUGGGUUCCUGAUCUUUUUUACUUGUUCCAGCUUUCUUUGAAACAUUAUCGAUUGUCUUUAAAGGUACUCUUUCCUGAUCUUUUCUUCUUAAUUUUCUUAGUCAUUGAUCAUGGGAAAUAAGAUGCUCCAUUCUUGUGAUAACAUUAUUGUUCCUUCUGACAAAGACUUCGUUGAUCAAAAGAUACCAUCUUACGAUGAGACUUGAUCUUUUGAUGACAACGAUAUUGAGUCUUUAAAAAUGGUUGGCGCUUUUUUAUCUGAUGUCAUCUUCAAUCCUUUUGAUGCCAAGGAUCAACCAUACUUUGUCUCUCCUUCUUGGGUUUGCCUUCCUGAAUACCCAUUUUCUUUGAGUUUGUCAUACCCUUUUUCCGGUAUCAUUUCUGAGUUUUUCAAAGUCACCAAAAUUUCAUACAUCCAAGCCAUGCCUGUAAUUUGGAGGAUCCUGUCUUGUAUUGAUUGAUUGAAUCGACCAAAUGAUCUAGACAUAAGUCUAGCAGAGUUGGCCUAUGUCUACGAUCUUUCAACUUUUGGGAAUUCCCGUUUCCUGAUCGAAGUCAAAAUUAAUAAAUCACCUCUUAUCCUGAAACUAAAACACAAUGACAACACUUGGAAAUAAAAAUAUUUUUUUUGUGAGGCGUGACUCUAUCCUCGGCAGGGAUCUCCUGCCAAAAACCUGGAUAAAAAAGGGUAGGAUCUUAUUUGUUAUAUUAAGAAUCCUAGAAUUUAUGCUUUCUUAUUUUAUUUGUUUUGAUGCAUCUUUUAAGUUUGAUGAUAUCGUUCCUACCGCUGAGGAUACAAAGGUGAAGAUUGGCAAUUUCUUUGAUUUACUCAAGACCGACAGAUCCUUAAAGUUUGAGCCACCCAACUUCCAAGAGAGUUUAUAUGCGACUUAUAUCGACAGAUCCAAGUCUACAUGCUCUAGAACACUGUUCUCUCUUGCUGACAUUGAUUUCGCAAUAUCCACUGGCCAACUCGUUAUUAAGAAGGAAAAGGCCUCAUCCUCUCUCCCUCCAAAGAGGACAUCGAUAUACCUGACCGUCAAGACUCCAGGAUCUAAAAAGAGGAAGUCGGCAGGAACCACAAACCUUGGCCUAAAGAACCUUGGAGUAGAGGAGGCACUGUUGAAGCUAAUCUCCUUCUCGCAAUUUGUAAGUAUUUUCAAGCUCAUUUCUACUAUACUAUUGUUUACUUGUCAUGAUCUUCCACAGGUUGCUGAUCAUGUCUCUCGAUCUACUGAAGAUAUAAGGAUUAGAGCGGAAUGGGCAGAGCAUGCCUUAAAGGAGCAAGAUGGGAUCAACAAGGAUCCUGUGCAGAAGGUGGAGAAGCUGAGCAAAGAGAAAGCACAGAGAGGAAGAGCACGCUCUGGAAAUCAAUGAGGUGAUUUCCGAACUCAGAAGAAGUGUCGUUGAGGCCAUCUGGGAGGUAAAUAUCAAGUUGGUGGAGGACGUGGAGAAUGCAUGAUCCUAGAAUGUGGAAGCUUGGCAUGAAACCCUAACUGAAAUCACUGGCAAGCCUUUUAACUCUGAUCAGGAUCCUACAGAGAUGAAUAAGAAAGAAGAGGAAGAAGAAGAGAAGAAGAAGAAGGAGGAGGAAGAGAAGAAGAAGAAGACAUAAAAGACCCCAAGUAGGGUGAUCAAGUAUAUGAUUAGGUUUGAUUAGUUUAAAAACAUUUUGAGAUUUUGGUAUGUAAAACAAUAUUUUUAUGUGGGGUUAGUGGGCAACCCCUUUUAUUUUAAUGCUUUGG